CAACUGAGAUUCGCGAAUAAAAGCUUAAGCGGGCAAUACGUCGCGUCAAAUACAUACGCCGCGUCAAUUCCUGGGAACCCACGCUAGGUUUAUGUAUUUGUAGUGUAAAAGUGUAGUGUUCAAAAUGGAAUUAUAUUUUAAAGAACAGCCACAACAGUCAAAUGCAUUACCACGCCAACAGCACCAAUCUUUAAUUCAGUACUCGCGUUCACCUUUUGAAUUCCCUUCCACGCAUUACGAAUCUUAUCAGGAAAAUGGAACUAAAUAUCUUAAAAGUUUGAGAUCUAUACAUGAGUCUCUGCAAAUACAACUAAACGCAUGCGCAGGAGAAAUUUUUCUUAGUGGCAUACCGCCGGAGAUUAGGGCUGAAUCUAUCGCGGAAAUCGCUGCUCUUCUUGGUGAGCUUUAUAUACUGAGGUAUAAGGUGAAUUUUUCAGGAGACUCUCGAGGCUUCGCUUAUCUUCAAUAUUUAAAUCCAACACUCAUGAAGACGGCUAUUAUUCGCUUACCGGAACUUUUUCGACAAAAUUCACUACCUAUGAUUCGGGUUCGGCAGUCUCGUAACUCUUCAAAACUUUUACUUAAAAAAACGUAUCGUAUGUCACCGGAAAGCGUUUAUGAAAAGCUACGCAACCUGAUUACUUUUGAUAAGUUAAUUGGACGCGAAAUCUUCCCGGGCUGUUUUGAAUAUCAGAUAAUUUUUAAAUGCAAUGAGGAAGCGGUACAUGCCCGACGUGAGCUUUUACGCACUAUCUCAAAAUUUGGUAGAAAUGCUAUAGUCGUGUGGGAUACUAGCAAUGAGGAAACGGGCUUAGCAACUCCAAGUGCUUUACGCCAUGAGAGCAUAAAUUCAAGCAACGAUAGUGCUACUACCCCGUUAGCUGGGGACGCUUGUAGUACAAGACAGUCUAACUAUUCGCUCGCUCUGGCCCCACUAAUUCCUUCGACGCUGACUCCAGUUGAUUUUAAUACGGAUGAUAAAAGUCGGCUAAAUGCUCGAGUGGCACAUUUUAAGAGCCAAUGUCAAUUUCGUUAAAGUAGUUUCAAUUAAGAUAAAUACUUAUACGUAAAAGUAAACGAAUUAAUUUCUGUCAAAUUUCCAUAUUGUGCAAUUAUGAAGAACUUUGGUGAAUUUGCUACUUUUGUGUUUUUUAGAAUAGAACUUUUUUUUGUAUUAAAUUCUGAUUAAACUCCCAUUGAUUUCUUUAAAAUAAAAUACGAAAGAUUUGUCGUUGGCAUGUUACACUUAUUGUAAAUCUUGAAUUAUUCAUGUUUCAAUUAUAUGAAUGUAUUUAAUUAAUAACCCUUUAAUCUGCGAACUAUAGAUUGUUUUUUACGUUAAGUUUGAUCUGUAUAAAUUAUGUAAAUGGAUGUGAAAUGAUUUGUACCGAAGUUUGAAUACAUGUACAAGCGUUCAUAAUUAUUAAUAAAAUCAGGCCUACAAAUAAUAUUAUUUUGAAUGAUACGAGAACGUCGUGGGAAAAAUGUAUUCCCAUUCUACUAAGAGAAGUUCAUUAAAAACCUUUCCCUAAAUUCAUGUUGGUGGUAAGGAAGUACAUGCAAGGAAAUAGGCGGAUCUCUGAGCUUCAAGCCAGU